UGGAAAUGUGGAAUCUGCGCACAAUACUUUGCGUUCUGUCUCCUGUAUAAAAAGAGAGAUGCGUGAAUGAUCUGCCCUUAAUCCAAGAAGAAGUCGACUGCGGACAGCAGCCCCUGGGCUUCAAACGUCAUCCUUAUCAGCUUUCACGUUGCAGACGAUCUCAUCUCCACUUACCUGCUCAGGAUGGGCUCAGCAAAGAUAGUUUGCAUCACGCUGGCCUGCUGCCUGGCCGUCGUAGCCGCCCAGACCUUCCAGUACAGCAAGGGGUGGACUAACGGCCGCAAAAGGGCCGCCCUGACCUUAGGGAUGCAGCAGCAGAGGAGGGCGGCUGAACUGGCCUUGGAAAAGGCGCUCGUCGUUCUCGGGGAGGCUGGAUUGAUGCUGGUGCCAGCCUCGUGCGUCGGCGAUGUCCACAGACCGCGAUUCAAACUGGUCCAGAGAAAAUCCCUUCAGUUCCAGCCGUUGGCGGAUGGAGACGACUCGAGGGUGGCGGAGUCGCUUACCGCCCCACUUCCCUCGGAGCAGCAGAGAGACACCUCGGCAGACGCGGUGGCCGGCGGCUCCGAAAGGGCUCUGGGACGCAGCGACGGAAACACCUUCUCCUUUUAGCAGCACCGCACACGAAUCCACUGAAUCCGCAAACGAAUCCACUGAACCCGCACACGAAUCCACUGGACCCGCAUACUCAUUACCACUACUUAUAGUUUGCAGCCUGUAAUCACUACUUGGAUUAGUUGGUUAAUAUAUUCUGUGUUGACAAGCAAUACCCAAGAGAAUAAUUACAGAGCCAUGAUCUCGUCACCGUUUGUUUUUGGUUGGUUUUGUACACGUCUGUCUAGACUUUUGUGAGAGACACCGCGACACAUGACAUGUGUAUAAUUUGCUCUUAAAAUUAGCAGGAGCUCCAGGCUUCUGUUGUGGCUGGGAUUUUAAUUGCAAAUUAACAAGAGUCGCCGGUUUCUCCCUUUGAAUUGAACUUCACAGAAAAGUAUCCGAUCUCAUAUUAUUAAUUAUAACUUGAUUUCAAACAACGCCCUCCAAUAAAGGAUCUCAAUUGAACUAAACGGUUGUUUUUCUAAAAUCGA